UCCAUGACUGUGUGUGAGUGUGGUUCUCUGCCUAUCUGUUGACUCUGCCAGUGGGGUUCAAUAUUUUGUGUGUAUUUGUAAGUGUGUAAAUCCCUCACAGGGCAGUUAUGUGAGCAUGUGCCUGUUAUGAGUGAACAUCUCUGAGUGUCUGUGCAAAGGUGGGUCUUUUUGUACCUAUGUGCUUUUUGGAGUGUGUUAUCAGCCUUGUCAGUGUCUGUUCCUAUUGUGGUUCUGUACAUGUGUGUGAGGUGUGUAUAGGCUAGUGUGUGCAUUUGUGCAUCUGUUGGUGUGGGAAUGUACCAGCUUUGUGACCGUGCAUACUAGGGGUACAUGAAGUUGUAUGAGUGUGUUGGGUAUUUAAGAGCAUGCACCUGUGUAUCUUUGUGUGAGUGAGCAUCUGUUACAUGUGUGUUGGUGAGUGUGCAAGGGUAGCUUUGUUAUAGAUGCAUGCACCAGGGGACACAUGGGUUUCACAGUUGUGUGUGUGCCUCUGUGUGUGAGUGUGCAAGGGAAAAGGCAAUGUUGUAUGUGUGGUUGUGUGCAGGUGUGUCAACCUCGAGGGUCUGUAUCUGUACUCUGAGUCCAUUUGCGCAUUUGUGUUGGUAUCUGAAGAGUGGGGUUGUGUAUGUUCACAUACAGACAUGCAGGAUGAUAUGUGCACAUGUGCCUGUGUCCUUGACAUAGGCUGACCCCACUUAUGGGCCCAGUGAGAUGGGGGCCCACGUGGCAUGACCUGUGGUAUGCUGGGAUCCAUGGACACAAAUGUGUCCACAUCCUGGACCAAGAGCCUUCAGGGGGCAGGGGCACACAUAUGCUGCUGUGUCCAUGGGAAUUCAGAUACAGAGUCAUGAGUUGUGGGCCCAUGUGGGUUUUGGCAUUUCCACAUGUGUUGGGGUGACCAUGGUCUGAUGGCGAAGAUGGGAACUUCUGAUCCUCCCCCAGCUCCUGCUACUGUUCAGGUACUGGCCCAGGCCCUGACUGCCUGAAGAGAGAUGAAGAAACCGAGAUUCAGAGAGGUUCAGACACUUGCCCGAGAUCACAUAGCUAAUCUCACCUCCCGCUCCUCCUGCCUCCCCCCUGCACCAUGGCUCCGGGCCCCUUCUCCUCAGCGCUCCUCUCGCUGCCGCCUACUGCCCUGCCCUUUCUGCUGCUUCUCUGGGCAGGGGCAUCACGGGGCCAGCCCUGCCCCGGCCGCUGCAUCUGCCAGAACGUGGCGCCCACGCUGACCAUGCUGUGCGCCAAGACCGGCUUGCUCUUCGUGCCGCCAGCCAUCGACCGGCGUGUGGUAGAGCUGCGGCUCACCGACAACUUUAUCGCGGCCAUUCGCCGCCGAGACUUCGCCAACAUGAGCAGCCUGGUACACCUCACCCUCUCGCGGAACACCAUUGGCCAGGUGGCGGCCGGCGCCUUUGCGGACCUGCGCGCCCUCCGCGCCCUGCACCUCGACAGCAACCGGCUGGCAGAGGUCCGAGGCGACCAGCUCCGGGGUUUGGGCAACCUCCGCCACCUGAUCCUGGGCAACAACCAGAUCCGCCGGGUGGAGUCGGCCGCUUUCGACGCCUUCCUGUCCACCGUGGAGGACCUGGAUCUGUCCUACAACAACCUGGAGGCCCUGCCCUGGGAGGCCGUGGGCCAGAUGGUGAACCUGAACACCCUCACGCUGGACCACAACCUCAUCGACCACAUCGCCGAAGGGACCUUUGUGCAGCUUCACAAACUGGUUCGCCUGGACAUGACCUCUAACCGCCUGCAUAAACUGCCCCCUGAUGGGCUCUUCCUGCGGUCCCAAGGUCCGGGACCCAAGCCGCCCACGCCGCUCACGGUCAGCUUCGGCGGCAACCCCCUGCACUGCAACUGUGAGCUGCUGUGGCUGCGGCGGCUGACCAGGGAGGACGACCUGGAGACGUGUGCCACGCCGGAGCACCUCACCGACCGCUACUUCUGGUCCAUCCCCGAGGAGGAGUUUCUGUGUGAGCCUCCGCUGAUCACGCGGCAGGCGGGCGGCCGGGCCCUGGUGGUGGAGGGCCAGGCGGUCAGCCUGCGGUGCCGCGCCGUGGGGGACCCUGAGCCCGUGGUGCACUGGGUGGCACCCGACGGGCGCCUGCUGGGGAACUCGAGCCGGACCCGGGUCCGGGGGGAUGGGACCCUGGAUGUGACCAUCACCACCUUGCGGGACAGCGGCACGUUCACUUGCAUCGCCUCCAACGCCGCCGGGGAAGCCACCGCACCCGUGGAGGUGUGCGUCGUGCCUCUGCCUCUGAUGGCACCCCCGCCUGCUGCCCCGCCACCUCUCACGGAGCCUGGCUCCUCGGACAUCGCCACGCCUGGCCGACCUGGAGCCAAUGAGUCGGCGGCUGAGCGCCGGCUCGUGGCGGCUGAGCUCACCUCCAACUCUGUGCUCAUCCGCUGGCCGGCCCAGAGGCCCGUGCCUGGCAUCCGCAUGUACCAGGUGCAGUACAACAGCUCCGCAGAUGACUCCCUUGUCUACAGGAUGAUCCCAUCCACCAGCCAGACCUUCCUGGUGAAUGAUCUGGCAGCGGGCCGCGCCUACGACCUGUGCGUGCUGGCCGUCUACGAUGAUGGGGCCACGGCGCUGCCGGCCACCCGAGUGGUGGGCUGCGUGCAGUUUACUACCGCUGGGGAUCCGGCACCCUGCCGCCCGCUGAGGGCCCAUUUCUUGGGCGGCACCAUGAUCAUCGCCAUCGGGGGUGUCAUUGUCGCCUCCGUCCUCGUUUUCAUCGUUCUGCUCAUGAUCCGCUACAAGGUCUACGGCGAUGGGGAUGGCCGCCGAGUCAAGGGCACCUCCAGGUCGCCUCCGCGGGUCAGCCACGUGUGCUCGCAGACCAACGGCGCAGGCGCAACGCAGGCCCCGCCCCCGCCGGCGCCUGACCACUACGAGGCGCUGCGCGAGGUGGCUGCUCCGGCGGCUGCGGCGGCGGCCGUCGAGGCGAAGGCCGCGGCUGCCGACCUGACUUCCGCGGAAACGGAGGCGGUCCUUGGACGUUCCCUGGGAGGCUCGGCCACCUCGCUGUGCCUGCUGCCAUCCGAGGAAACCUCCGGGGAGGAGUCCCGGGCCGCGGCGGGCCCUCGAAGGAGCCGUUCCGGAGCCCUGGGACCGCCGGCUUCACCGCCCCCCACUUUAGCUCUGGUUCCUGGGGGAGCCCCGGCCCGGCCGAGGCCUCAGCAGCGUUAUUCGUUCGACGGGGACUACGGGGCGCUCUUCCAGAGCCACAGUUACCCGCGCCGCGCCCGGCGGACAAAGCGCCACCGGUCCACGCCGCACCUGGACGGGGCCGGAGGGGGCGCGGCCGGGGAGGACGGAGACCUGGGGCUGGGCUCCGCCAGGGCGCGCCUGGCCUUUACCAGCACCGAGUGGAUGCUGGAAAGUACCGUGUGAGCGGCGGGCGGGCGGGCGCCGGGACGCCUGGGUGCCGCGGACAAACGCCCAGCCGCUCUGACGUUUAGGGCAGGAUUCGGGGGUGAAAGCGCCGAGCCAACACGUCGUCGGACUGGAGGGGAGAAGCACCCUUCUCCCUGGAGCGGGUCGCGGGCUGCCUGGGCGGUGACUCGAGGCCACGCCCCCGCGCUCAGGGGGCUUUGAGGGCGGGCCGCCGGCCUCCCCUUCCCCGUGGACGCCACGCCCCCUCCUGCCCCUCCCCCCGCGCGCUCGCGGACCUCGCUGGAGCCGGUGCCUUACACAGCGAAGCGCGGGGAGGGGCAGGGCCCCCCCGACACUGCAGCACUGAGACACGAGCCCCCUCCCCCCGCCCGGGACCCGGGGCAGGGGCGAGGGGCCCAUUUCACGUAUCUGGCUGGACUAGAUCCUAUUCUGUCCCGCGGCGGCCUCCAAAGCCCCCCCCCCCGCCCCAACCCCAUUCAAUUCCCUGGUCCCGUCGUCGGGUCUGGCUUGGGGUCCCCUUUUCUCUGUUCCCCUCGUUUGUCUCUGUCCCGCCCUGUGUCUUUGUCUUCCGUCCUUCCCCGUUCGUAUCUCUUUUCUCUGUCCCGUCGUCUGUUCUCCCGUAUGGCGUCCAGCCUUGUCUCACCAGAUUAUCUCCCCCAGUACACUAUUCUCCCGGGCAGGUCCCACCGGAAGGACCAGACUCUCCCCGACUCCUUCCUCUUACUCCCAAGUGAAAUCCCCACAGGAAACAAAAUCCAAAACCAAAUCCCUCUCGCUACCGGAGCCGGGACCCUCCGCCGCAGGAGAAUUAAACUUUUUUCUGUGUCUGAGGCCGCUCUGCUGA